CGGGUCGGAAGGAGCCGGGCCGCGCACCGGGUGGCGAGGGCGCCCGGCACCCCGAGCGCGGCGCCCUUGAGCUGCUUGGCGGCGCAGGUUUGCCAGGCGACUUGUCCGCCCGCCAAGAGAAGGAAGCGCUGUCCUUUCCCGCUCACCCCGGCUUCCCCACCCCUUGUACUCUAAACCCUGCAGCGGGCCGGGCGAGCGGCGCGGCCACGGAGGCGCCGAGGAGGGGCGAGCCUCCGCCGGGCAGCGGCGUGCCCCCGGGGGAGCGGCCGCCGGACAGGAGGCGGCGGCGCGGCGGCGAAGGCGCGGCGCGCGAUGGCAGCUGCUUAGCCCGGCGGGCGCGGAGCAGCCCCGAGCUGUGGCUGGCCAGACGGUGCGGCUGGGCGGGGGACGCCGCCGCCGCUGCAGCCCGGCCGGGAGAAAUGAGCACGGAGGCUGGCGAGGGCAUCACUUUCUCCGUGCCACCCUUGGCCUCCUCGGGCGUCUGCACCUUCCCCGAGGGCACAAGCUGCAGGAGGGGAGGAGUGGCCGCGGUGGCCGAGGGCGAGGAGAACCAGUUACCACCGCCGCCACCGGGCAGCUUCUGGAACGUGGAGAGCGCCGCCGCCCCUGGCACCGGGUGUCCCUCUGCCACCUGCGGGAGCAGCGCCGCCCGGUGCCGGGGCAACUCUGCUGGCGGGGGCGGCCGACGGACCACGGUGGCCUAUGUGAUCAACGAAGCGAGCCAAGGGCAGCUGGUGGUGGCCGAGAGUGAGGCCCUGCAGAGCCUGCGGGAGGCGUGCGAGGCGGUGGGCGCCACCCUGGAGACGCUGCAUUUCGGUAAACUGGACUUUGGGGAAACCACGGUGCUGGACCGUUUUUACAAUGCAGAUAUUGCUGUGGUGGAGAUGAGUGAUGCCUUCCGGCAGCCAUCCUUGUUUUACCACCUGGGGGUGAGAGAGAGUUUCAGCAUGGCCAACAACAUCAUCCUCUACUGUGAUACUAACUCGGACUCUCUGCAGUCACUGAAGGAAAUCAUUUGCCAGAAGAAUAAUAUGUGCACUGGGAACUACACCUUUGUUCCUUACAUGAUAACGCCACAUAACAAGGUCUAUUGCUGUGACAGCAGCUUCAUGAAGGGAUUGACAGAGCUCAUGCAACCAAAUUUUGAGCUGCUUCUUGGACCCAUCUGCUUACCUCUGGUGGAUCGUUUCAUUCAACUUCUGAAGGUGGCACAAGCAAGUUCCAGCCAGUAUUUCCGGGAGUCUAUACUCAACGAUAUCAGGAAAGCUCGUAAUUUAUACACUGGUAAAGAAUUGGCAGCUGAAUUGGCAAGAAUUCGGCAGCGAGUAGAUAAUAUUGAAGUCUUGACAGCAGAUAUUGUCAUAAAUCUGUUACUUUCCUACAGAGAUAUCCAGGACUAUGAUUCUAUCGUGAAGCUGGUGGAGACUUUAGAAAAGCUGCCAACCUUUGACUUGGCCUCCCGUCACCAUGUGAAGUUUCAUUAUGCAUUUGCACUGAGCAGGAGAAAUCUCCCUGGAGACAGAGCAAAAGCUCUUGAUAUUAUGAUCCCCAUGGUACAAAGUGAAGGGCAAGUUGCUUCAGAUCUAUAUUGCCUAGUAGGUCGAAUCUACAAAGAUAUGUUUUUGGACUCUAAUUUUACAGACACUGAAAGUAGAGAUCAUGGAGCUUCUUGGUUCAAAAAGUCAUUUGAAUCUGAGCCAACACUACAAUCAGGAAUUAAUUAUGCGGUCCUCCUCCUGGCAGCUGGGCACCAGUUUGAAUCUUCCUUUGAACUCCGGAAAGUUGGGGUGAAGCUAAGUAGCCUUCUUGGUAAAAAGGGAAAUUUGGAAAAACUCCAGAGCUACUGGGAAGUUGGAUUUUUUCUGGGGGCCAGUGUCCUGGCCAAUGACCAUAUGAGAGUCAUUCAAGCAUCUGAAAAGCUUUUCAAACUGAAGACACCGGCAUGGUUCCUCAAGUCUAUGGUAGAGACCAUUUUGAUAUAUAAGCAUUUUGUGAAACUGACUACAGAACAGCCUGUGGCCAAGCAGGAACUGGUGGACUUUUGGAUGGAUUUUCUGGUUGAGGCCACUAAGACAGAUGUUACUGUAGUUAGAUUUCCAGUAUUAAUAUUAGAACCAACCAAAAUCUAUCAACCUUCUUAUUUAUCUAUCAACAAUGAAGUCGAGGAAAAAACAAUAUCUAUCUGGCACGUGCUUCCUGAUGACAAGAAAGGUAUACAUGAGUGGAAUUUUAGUGCUUCUUCUGUCAGGGGAGUGAGUAUUUCUAAGUUUGAAGAACGAUGCUGUUUUCUUUAUGUACUUCACAAUUCUGAUGAUUUCCAAAUCUAUUUCUGUACAGAACUUCAUUGUAAAAAGUUUUUUGAAAUGGUGAACACCAUUACCGAAGAGAAGGGGAGAAGCACGGAGGAGGGAGAGUGUGAAGGGGACUCCCUGGAGUAUGACUAUGAAUAUGAUGAGAAUGGUGACAGAGUCGUUUUAGGAAAAGGCACGUACGGGAUAGUCUACGCAGGUCGAGAUUUGAGCAACCAAGUAAGAAUUGCUAUUAAGGAAAUCCCAGAGCGAGACAGCAGAUACUCUCAGCCCCUACAUGAAGAAAUAGCAUUGCAUAAGCACCUGAAACACAAAAAUAUUGUCCAGUAUCUGGGCUCUUUCAGUGAGAACGGUUUCAUUAAAAUCUUUAUGGAGCAAGUCCCGGGAGGAAGUCUUUCUGCUCUCCUUCGUUCCAAAUGGGGUCCAUUAAAAGAUAAUGAACAAACAAUUGGCUUUUAUACAAAGCAAAUACUGGAAGGAUUGAAAUACCUCCAUGACAAUCAGAUAGUUCACCGGGACAUAAAGGGUGACAAUGUGUUGAUUAAUACCUACAGUGGUGUUCUCAAGAUCUCUGAUUUCGGGACAUCAAAGAGGCUUGCUGGCAUAAAUCCAUGUACUGAAACUUUUACUGGUACCCUUCAGUAUAUGGCACCAGAAAUAAUAGAUAAAGGACCAAGGGGCUACGGAAAAGCAGCAGACAUUUGGUCUUUGGGCUGCACCAUCAUUGAAAUGGCCACAGGAAAACCACCAUUUUAUGAACUAGGAGAACCACAAGCAGCUAUGUUCAAGGUGGGAAUGUUUAAAGUCCACCCUGAAAUCCCAGAGUCCAUGUCUGCAGAGGCCAAGGCAUUUAUACUGAAAUGUUUUGAGCCAGACCCUGACAAGAGAGCCGGAGCUAAUGACUUGCUUGUUGAUGAAUUCUUAAAAGUUUCAAGCAAGAAGAAAAAGACACAGUCUAAGCUUUCAGCUCUCUCAGCUGGAUCAAAUGCGGAAUACCUGAGGAGUAUCUCCUUGCCGGUGCCUGUCCUGGUGGAGGACACCAGCAGCAGCAGCGAGUAUGGCUCAGUGUCACCUGACACCGAAUUAAAGGUGGACCCCUUCUCCUUCAAAACGCGAGCCAAAUCCUGUGGAGAAAAAGACGUGAAAGGGAUACGGACACUCUUUUUGGGCAUUCCAGAUGAAAAUUUUGAAGAUCACAGUGCUCCGCCUUCCCCAGAAGAAAAAGAUUCCGGAUUCUUUAUGCUGAGGAAGGACAGUGAGAGACGAGCCACUCUCCACAGGAUCCUGACAGAGGACCAAGACAAAGUUGUGAGAAACCUAAUGGAAUCUUUAGCUCAGGGGGCUGAAGAACCAAAACUAAAAUGGGAACACAUCACAACCCUCAUUGCAAGCCUCAGAGAAUUUGUGAGAUCCACUGACCGAAAAAUCAUAGCCACCACAUUGUCAAAGCUGAAAUUAGAGCUAGACUUUGACAGCCACGGUAUUAGCCAAGUCCAGGUGGUACUUUUUGGUUUUCAAGAUGCUGUCAAUAAAGUUCUUCGGAAUCAUAACAUCAAGCCACAUUGGAUGUUUGCCUUAGACAGUAUCAUCCGAAAGGCGGUACAGACAGCCAUUACCAUCCUGGUUCCAGAACUGAGGCCACAUUUUAGCCUUGCAUCCGAGAGUGAUACUGCUGAUCAAGAAGACUUGGAUGUAGAAGAUGACCAUGAGGAACAGCCUUCAAAUCAAACUGUUCGAAGACCUCAGGCCGUCAUUGAAGACGCUGUGGCUACCUCUGGGGUGAGCACACUCAGUUCUACUGUAUCCCAUGAUUCCCAGAGUGCUCACCGAUCACUAAAUGUACAGCUUGGAAGGAUGAAAAUAGAAACUAAUCGAUUACUGGAAGAAUUGGUUCGAAAAGAGAAAGAAUUACAAGUACUUCUUCAUCGAGCUAUUGAAGAAAAAGAACAGGAAAUUAAACACCUGAAGCUUAAGUCCCAACCGAUAGAUAUUCCUGGGUUGCCUGCACGUCACCUGACUUCUCCUGGCACAAAUACUGAAGAUUCUGAACUUACUGACUGGCUGAGAGAAAAUGGAGCUGAUGAAGACACUAUAAGUCGGUUUUUGGCUGAGGAUUAUACACUAGUGGAUGUUCUCUACUAUGUUACACGUGAUGAUUUAAAAUGCCUGAGACUAAGAGGAGGGAUGCUGUGCACACUGUGGAAGGCCAUCGUUGACUUUAGAGAUAAACAGACUUGACAACCAUUCGAUUUAAUCUUCAACGGAGAUUCUAAAAAUGAAUGCAGAACUGAUCUUGGGGGAGGGAGAAUCGAAGAGAGAGGAGAAAGAAGCUGCACUUUAAAUCCAGUAUUUGUUUACUCCUGUUUAAAAAAUAGACAAAACACACUGAAAUUUCCUUACUGUUUCUAUUUCUAUAAUUCUUAAGGACUCUUCAUAAGGACUCUCAAAAUAAUCCUAAACAGUAGAAUCCUAAUGUUUAGGGUUAUUUUAGUCUAAACAUUUUUAUGGAAAUAUUUUUAACUCAGCAGCUAUUGCACUUCAGCCAAAUGUUGAUUUCACACGAAACGGAUGUAACAUUUCAUGUGAUUGUGCACCACUGGAACAAAAAAACCAAAAUGUGACCAUAUCUUUUUAGGCUUACGUAUGUUUGUAAUAUGCCCUAAUCAUCUGAGUAGAAAUGCAUAAUUUCAGUUAUUGUAUAAAGUUUAUGUUUUUUUAAAUGUGCAGAAUCGGAGAGCAAUGGUUUUUACUUAUCUGUAUUAAUUGUAAUAUUGACUAUAUUUUGUAACUUAAGUUUCUGGCCCACAGUACAUUUGUUUGAGUUGUUGAUGUACUACUGAACUGUACCAGUUGCACCUGCCUGAAUCAUAGUAAUGUUAGCUUGUUCUAAAGCUAUCCAUUGUGUAAAAUUUACUCUAAAAAGUAAAAAGACUCUCAACGUGCUGUUUUGAUAAAUUCUAAAGAAUACUUAUUUUGUGUUGACAAAUUAAACUACUAAAAUUUCUAGUCAUUUCUUCAGCUAUAACAUUAAGUAGAUUCUUUUAUUCAAGCAGUCGAAAAAUAACUGAUAACCAAGUUGUUCCUAAGGGCAACUGAGGAGUAAGAAAGAGGGUGAAGAAAGAGAAUAAAGGAAAAUCAGUGUAUUUUUCUCAAGGCCCCAAGAUGUCUUGAAUGACUAUUGUGUAUCUUACAGGGUCUGUGAAGAGCAUCUUAAUGGAGAACACUGCGUUUUCUAUGUCCUUGAUUCUGGUUCUCAUAUUUGGUGGAAAUAUUUUUAUUUUAAGCUGAGUAUGAUAUUUUUAUGAGCCAUAUUAAUAGGAUGAAGUCUAAAGCUCCUAGAU